UUUUAUGUUUUUGUGUGUCUCGUGUCUGUGUUAGUGUGUAGUGUUUUUCUGGGUUUGUAUGUUUUAGUUGUUUUCUAUAUUUUGUUGUUUGUGUGUCUGUGGUAGACACUGUGUAGUGUUUUUAUGUUUUUGUGUGUCUUUGUGUGUCUCUGUUGUCAGACACUGUGUCCUGUGAGGUAUUCUGCUGCCUCCAGGUGAAGUUUUCCUCCUCCAGGUAGCUGCCGAUCAGCUGAUCCUUCGGUUCACUUUGUUCUCUGCUGCUGACUCCGGCAGUAAUCUGAUUACUCCUGCAUGUGUGCUCGUGCGGAGCGGCCGUACAGUACAAGCCUCGCGCUCUCUCCCUCCGAACGGCUCUCACGCGGCAGUGGCAUGCACGAGGGGGAAACCACGCGGGGGGCGGGGCGGCUCGACCUACUUCUGGCCAAUGAGCGCGCGCCGUGGGCGGAGCCGCGGCCGCGCCGGGAGCCAACCGGAACCCGAGCCGCGAGCACGCAGGCAUGGUUCCCGCGUGCCGCCUACACGUGAGCUGGAACAGCUAUUGUGCGCUGCGAGGCAACGUGCGGGCGCGUUCCUCUCACUUGAAAAAACGGCGCGUCACGUUGCCGGUGGAUUACGAGCAAACCGGAGGAGAGCGGCGCCGUGGUGGGGCCGCGCACACCGGGAACACGCACAAAACACGCAGGGAAAGGCCGGUGAAGUGCGGCGGCGUGGACGCGGCUCAUAACGUGGGGGUUUUGCGUGUUUUUUUUUUCGUGCGGCGCCGCGUUGAGCGGCGACGCCAAACAAACACGGCGCUCCUUGAGGUGUGGCACGAGAGGGGGCGGGGCUCAUUAAUAAUAAGCGUCGCACUCUCACGCCUCUCGCGCCUCGGCUCGCCGUGACGUCACGUGAACUGCCCGUGUCCGUUCCAGCUGAGAGACAGAGAGAGAGACACACCGUGGACGUGGAGCGGCACCGAACGCGCAGCCCGUGCGCCCGUGACCGGAUCCACCGGACGCAGAAAGUACAGACAGAAAGAGGAAGCCCCCCCCCAACGGUCCGCUCCUCCCCCCGACACCGAGCACACAAACACAACUCCUCACCCACGGACACGGACGCUGCUGCUGCGUGUUUUUCCUGGUGUGUUUUUUUUUCUGUUUUGGAAACUCUCUGUGGGAUUUAGUGUAUUUUGGUUCCGUGGGUUCUGUUCGGUUCCUCUACGAUGGAAUAUUUCCACGAGCACGUCUCUGCGUGGAAAUAAGCAGCUCUGCACGACUCUCAGAACCAGAACCGACCCAUCGGUAGCCGCUCCGGUCCGCUCCGCUCGCCUCGCCCCGCUCCGGUGCUCCAGGUGUCUCCGCGUCCUCCUCCAGGAUGUCCCGGCAGCUCUCCCAGCUCCCGAACCCCGACCUUCCAGCCGGAGCCAGCCCGCAGUUCGGAGGCUGCACCCAGCCCGCGGGCUCCCUCACUGGGGGCCACCUGAGCUCCAUGGCGGGGCUGAAGUCGCUGCUGCAGCACCCGAUGAAGGGCGACCAGCGACUCAAGAGCCCCGGAGAGGGCAAAGAUAAAGACCGUCUGGACCUGGACGAGGACUCCCUGUGCUCCAUGAGGACCGGCGGAGGUACCGGCUGCUCCGGCACCAAUGGUUCCGGAGGCUUCAACCAGUUCCUGGGCCCCCUGCUGUGGGACCGGACCCUGCCGGCAGACGGCGGCCUGUUCCAGCUCCAGUACAUGGACCUGGAGGAGUUCCUGACGGAGAACGGGAUGGGCAGCAUGCACAGCAACAACAGCUCCAGCUCGGCCCAGAUCCCGUCCCAGAGCUCCCAGUCGGCGGUGCCCAACCAGAGCUCCCAGUGCCUGCCGCCCUCCUCGCCGCCCUGCUCCACGUCCUCGUCGCCGCCGUCCUCCACCUCCUCCUCGCCGUCGCUCAUUGGCCUGGAGGUGGCGCCGCAGGGUCUCCCCGGAGGAGGAGACUGUCUGCACGGGAGCCAGACGAGUAUGAACGACUCUUGCGAGUCUCCCUCCUCGUCGUCUUCGUCCUCCUGCCCGCCGCUGCUCACGCCCACCGGCAGCGGCCCCGACGUCAUGGGGAUGUUCGACAUGGACUCCUCGGACGUGGGGAUGUCCGAGGCCUCGCCGCAGCCCAACUUCGACCCGCGGAGGCAUUCGUUCAGCGAGGAGGAGCUGAAGCCUCAGCCGAUGAUCAAGAAAGCCCGAAAGAUCCUGGUGCCCGACAACAUGAAGGACGAGAAGUACUGGACCCGGAGGUAUAAGAACAACGAAGCCGCCAAGCGCUCCCGAGACGCCCGGCGCCUCAAGGAGAACCAGAUCACGGUCCGGGCCGCCUACCUAGAGCGGGAGAACGCCGCCCUGCGACAGGAAGUGGCCGAGAUGAGGAAGGAACUGGGCCGCUGCCGCAACAUCCUUAGCAAAUACGAGAACCGCCUGGCCGACCAGUGAUGGCGGCGAGGCGGCCGAUCAGGACGAGGAGGAGGAACAUAAGCUGGAUUAAAUCUGAGACUCUGAAUCUGACGAUGGACACGAUGAUGAUGAUGAUGAUGAUGAUAAUGAUGAUGAUGAGGAAGAUGAUGAUGAUGAAUGUAAAAGACGAGGAGGCGGUUUCGAAGCUCAGGUGUCUUGUUUUGUCGAGCUCUUAAAAGCGACGGGCGGAGAGGAGAGAAUAAUUUAACAGAUGUGACUUUUAAGAGUUUUGUUAUUGGAGAAUUGUAUAUUUUUAUAAUACUUAAGAAAAAUUAGAGGGGAGAGCAAAUUUGGAGAAUAAUUUUGUAUAUUUUCUACAGAUGGGGCGAAGCUACGGUAAAUAUCUUUUUAUUCUAGAUGAGUGAGGCAGCAUGUGGAAGGCCAUCGGUGGGGAUUCUGUGAUUCUUGUAGUCAGAGCGGCAGGAUCGAUGUAACAAUUGUAAUAUAGAGAGGAAUUAUCUUAAAGUCGUAUAGUUCAACAUUUUGUGGAUUUUACUCGAGCACUUAUAUUUUUUCUUCCUGUUCUGUUCCCGUCACUCGAGGAGACGCCUCGGCACUCGUCUUGUGUUGUUUUUUUUAUUUUUAAACCUCUUCUGAUCCAAGUGUUUUUCUGGUGUUUUACGGAAAUUUCUGUGCAAAAACUUUCUGUUCCUGCAGCUUCCCAGUUUUAAAAAAAUGCACAUCGUUACUUUACUGUACUUUUUAAAUGAACACACUUUAAUUCGCGCGGUGGCGGACGGAUGGAUCGGCCGGACGCUCGGUCGGUCAGCAUGUUCCAGGAAACGAGUGGAAUUGUGUUGAUUUCUCAGAUUCAUGGGAGAAAUAAAAAGCCAAAAUUUUCCCAAAUUCAGGGGUCCUCGGUUUACGACAUCCUCGACCUACAGCGUUUCGUCAUUAUUUUGGAACCGGUUAUGUGGAACUAGUUGGCGAGCGGAGUGGACGAAUACAUCGUCACAUGACGCUAUAAGACGGCUUUUUUUCCAUUCUCUGGUUGGAUUGUGCUACAUUCACUUACUUUUUGCCCUUCAUUAUGGUUCCCAAGCGUAAGUCAGACUCUUCUGAUGGAGUUCCGACUUUACAACGUCCUCGACCUACGGCCUUUUGUUGUUACGUCGGAAGUGAUUACAAGCGGGUCCUUGGUUUACAAAAUAUGCCGUUUCAUCGUUACGUCUGAACUGGUGAUGGGCAGGUCCUCGGUUUACGACGUCCUCGACCUACGGCGUUUUGUCGCUACUUUGGAACUGGUCACGUGGAACUAGUUGGUGAGCAGAGCAGGUGAAUACGUGGUCACGUGGUGCUGUCAGACGGCUUUGUUUCCAUUCUCUGGUUGUACUCCACCUUGGAUUGUGCUACAUUCGCUAACUUUUUGCCCUUCAUUAUGGCUCCCAGUCGUAAGUCAGACUCUUCUGAUGGAGUUCCGACUUGCGCUGUAUAUCGACUUGCGUCGGGCCGUAGGAACGUAACUCGAGGACCUCCUGUGUCGAUGUCCACAGCUUGUUAGUGCUUCUUCCAGUGCUGCUCCUCCCUCGCUGUUCUCUCUACUGUAUGCCAUGGUACACAAUGUUUUUUUCCUGGGGAGGGACGAGGACUUAGUGCUAGACUUUAAUCCCCUUUCAUGACCAUGAUGAGUAGUUACCAUUAUUAUUGUUCUGAUUAUGAUGAUUAUCCCUCUUUAUCGUUGUUCUUCUAUAUUACUGAAUGUUUUCCUUUCUUCGGACGAUCUGUUGCACCUUGAAAACAUCUUCAGUGUUCCUCGGAAAGACUUCUUCAAACGGAGAAGCACCCUCUGCGACACUACGCCACCCUCCCACCGUGGAUCUCACAGUAGAAAAGUGGCUCAGUGUUACUUCAUACUUCACCUCCUCUGUUUCCCCGGCUGUGGACGGACUAUGCACACUACUGAUACGCUCCCCGUCGGUUUGUUUCAGCCUCCGUCACCCCGUUCAGUGGUUGUUUGCUCUCCCAACCGGAUCUAGAUACCUUCACAGAUGUGGUCGGUGAAUCUUCUCCAGUGACUCUAUCUGCUGCAUCGGUAGUGUCCAUGGCGCCCAGCCCGCCAGUCAGCGCUGGCACUUUGGAUGUAGUUGAAAAAUUUCCCAAAAAACACCAAUAAAAAGAUUGUUGUCAUGCA